AUGCCAACGCAAAUGCUCUGGAAAUUUUUAAUAUUGGUCCUGAAUGUGAGAGCCAAUACUCUAUCCGGGGAUGGCAGCCGAAGUGCCUUGCUGCCUCUCCUCACCCGAUCGGACAAGGCCUGGACCGAUGUCUCUCCCGGCGAAAGCUAUUCUACUGCUGGCUUUGGCGGAUCAACUGACCCGGUCGGAUCUGGCGAUGCCUAUGUUGGCAAUGUCGGUCGCCCUUAUGGCAGUAAUAUUAUGGAAGUUGCCGCCUCUGAUGCGAACCGAUUUCAGUAUAUUGUAAAGUUUGUAGGGCCUAGUGCUGGUGGCUGGAGAGUAGCCAUCUGGAACAAAGUGGGACCUGGUGGUAAGCUGGAUGGGUGGUAUGGGAACGCCUGCUGCCAAUUCACUCUUGCUGCCGAUGAAGCAAAAUACAUUGCCUUCGCCACAAAUUCGCAGGGUGGCUGGGUUGCCACCAAUACUACAUCCAUCCCCACUAACCAAUUAGGCAGCUACGCCGGCACUUGGGGUGAGUUUGACUUUGGCAACACCGCACAUAAUGGCUGGUCAGGCUUUGAUGUGUCCGCGAUCCAGGCCCAGAAUGCACAAUUAGAGGUCCAAGGUAUGAGGAUUUGCUCCAUGCUCCAUGACGACCUCUGCUCGUAUAUCACGUGGAGGGCUGUUAUUGUCCACAACGCUUAUACAAGCUCCAAAGCGGAUGUUGGUGGAAUUGGUGGCAAUCUCCCCGCUGGUCCCGUUCGUUUAACUGCUAGCAUUGGCUAUGAUGAAUAG